AUGACGUUUCCGUUGGAUCAGGCACAAUUGUUGAAUCAUUUGAGAACAUCUUAUCUCUCAUUGGGCGACGACUCGGAACACUUCAAAAGAAUAAUAGCUCCAAGCUACUCUGCCAGUGGAUCUUUGCAAGGAGACAAUCCUAAUGGACUUUUUCAGAACUCUCCUCCCAUAACGUUUGAGAUUGGAAGUCAUGUGAAGAGGACAAUUGACAACACAUCCCAGCACAGAAGGCGUUCGAGCCAAGGAAAAGAACUAUCGAGGAGAAAGAAUAGAAACAGUGGUCCAAUUGCAAGCAAAAAGGAUCCGUACCCGACGGAUGAUGUGUCCCCGAAAGCUAGUCCCGAUAAUCAAUCAAUAACAAAUGAUAGAGCCAAUGGGCAAUUGGCUGAUUUGUCGCUAGAGGAUGAAGUCACUGACGAUGAUCCAGUUGAGUUGCAUCAGGUUCAGGAAAGGAUACUCGGUCAGCACCAACUAGCUGGACUACAUUCAAGACAGAAUAAGAAGAAAGACAAGACAAAAAGUAAACUGAAAAUUCCAAUAGUGAAGUUUUUCAAAUCGGGAAAGAAUGAAGUUUCUGACUCAGACAGCAGUGACGAUGAAAGAAGAGGAUCCAUUAUUACAUACGGAUCAUCACAGGUCACAACUUCGAAGGAAAAUCUCACCGACAAAGAGGGGAGUUUUAUCGUAGACGACACACAGAGUACCCAAAGUCUUGAACGAACUGAAUCAACCGGGUUGAAUCGCGAGACUCUGAAAUCAGAUCAAGCUCAUGAUAGCGGGAGCUCAUUUGGAUAUAAUGGCAAGUUUAUCGAGGUGACCACGGACGAGGAAGUUGAGGGGGAUGGUGAGCCAGGAUUCGAGUCUGAUGGUGAACUAACAGAUGACUCUGAGUUUACCGACUUGGAUAAUGGCACGAUCAUGGAAUCCUUUUCGCGGUCAGACUCUAUGGGGAACACUCUAGAUAAGCUGUUGCCAAACAAAGCUAGUGUUAGCGGCUCGCAGUUAUUUGGGUUGAAUAGGAAAAAACGAGCUAAUACAUACGGUGAUCAUACGGUGCCUAAAAAUCUCGGAGCGAACUAUCUUAGUAGUCAACAAGUGGGAGUCAAUUUGAUGCAAGUACGAUCAUUUGGAAAUUUGAAAGAACUCGAGAAGCCUUUGCUUUCGUUCACAAAGAUUGUCCCCAAAGUCUCAGAUGCAAAACAAACUUCCAACUUGAGCACAUUGAUACAUUCGAGAUUCAAAUCAACAAAUGUGAACCCUUUGAAUUAUUACCUUUUUGUCGAUGGGUUGCUUAGCGUGAAUUCUUCGCGGGCUGCACAAUUGAAUGUUUUUUUACCCCCAAAAACAUCUCCAGUCUUGAACAAUAUGUGUAUUGAUCGUGGCGUGUCGGUGGUCGAUUGUAUUGGAUUCGUUUUACUCAAUUUGUUGAAACUCCCAGAGGUGAAUGAACUAAAUGACCCUUCGUUUUUGAACCCAAAUUUUUGGCGACUAGAGCUUGUUGAUGAAGAUGGAGAAAACUACGGUUCAUUCGGAGUUUUGGAUAGAAACCGAACUUUUGCUUCUUAUAACAAUCCAAGGGAUUUGGCUUUAUGUCGUGUAAAGGACGUUGUUGAAAUUGACAAGAACGAGAAGGUAUCACCACUCCCGACUGAAUUUAGACAGGAUCUUACUGCAUUUGAACAAAAGAAAAGGAGCCUUGAUCCAGUAAGUGAUGAUGUCCCUAAAGUUGAGCUUCUUGUGAGCGUAUUUGAGUACGAUAAUAGUGGAAUACCUCAGAAAGUACCCUUCAAAGCCCCUCGAACUUACACUAUGGGGCAAGUGUUGAAAGAAUUUUGUGUUCAAAGAGGACUUAUUACUACAGAAUACCGGUUUAAAAUUGUGGAAGCUGGAGGCAUGAAAAGUCGUUACGUGAAGGAUGUUGAGGUCUGCGGGAACUUGCAUCUGACAAUUCUAGAGCUAGUUCCUUCUGAUACACGAUUUAAUUUGAUACUUGAUAAUGAAGAGAAGAAUAGCCAAAUAGCUGCCACUCCAGAUGAGUUUCCAGCAAAUUUAACAGCGCCGACUGUGACUCCUUAUAAUAACGAAUUGUCGGCCAAGGUGCAAGACAUGAAAUUGGAAGCUGCGGGCACGGAAACACUGCCCCAGCGACAGCAGUCAAAAUCCAAGCAACCACCAAGGACUGCAAAGGCAAACAAAGAGACAACAGCAUCCAAUAAGUAUUUGGAAGACAUCAUUCAAGGUAACAACCCACAACUCCCAACAAACAUCAACUCGAUAUAUUUCAAAUGGAAGGUUUUAAAGAAUAACAGCAAGAUGAAAAAGAUGAAGAUCAAGACUUUCACAGAAAAGAAUUUCAUAAUCGAUGGAGACUACAUCCACAUAACCCCUCCAGACGACAUAAUGUUGAAGAACAUAGGUGAAUCAAUUGCACAUAACCAACAACUCAAUUUCAAUCAACAUCACACCUACCAUAACUUGAACCAACAGUUGAAUCGAGUUGCAAAUAAACAACUGACCAAGACGUAUUCCUUCCACAUCACUCAAAUAAUGAAGGUCAAGCAGUAUUCCAAGCAACCCAAUCAUUUUCGAAUCAUUGUGCAGAGACAGCAAUCGGAUGAAGGGACAGGGUCGAGCUCAAAAGAGCUCGUGAAGAAAUUCUACUUGGUCGCAGAGUCUGAGGCCGAAUGUUCCGAAAUAAUUAACAAUCUUAAAUGGGUGCUUCAAGCUUACAAGCUCUCAAGUGGGGUUAUAUAG